CAAAAAAAAUAGAUGGUAUACUCUUUACUAUUCAAAAAAGGCUCUCCAACGCAUUUUUCAAGAAUACACCAUAGGUUAUUUUUCCAUUCCUAGCUUGUAAAUAUAGCAGGUCCAAUAAGAAGUGGAAAAGUCCAUCUCAACUCCUUCUAGCCGCAACAGAUCAACCCCUACCAUCAUCUUCAAGUAAAAGUCAUCUUCUUCCGCUACGACAAUUCACUCUUGACGAAAUUGACAAUCUUUGAUAUCACACCUUUCCCCUUCUGUGUUGAGUAGGGUUUAGAAUGAUACUGAGGGGGAACAAAAACUUCGUUCGUUCCAUCUCGCCCAGUAAAAAUGACUCUAAACGAGAUUCGUUAUUUCUUAUCGAGAGAUACACUAUGGUCUAUGAUUAUUGUUUGCGUAAUAUCAUUAAACCCCAUGGUAGGUUCUUGCUCAGCUUUCACUAUAGCUCUCUCAAGCUUGUGGAAUGCUUCCCCCUUCACCUUCUUAAGGAUGAAGGAUUGUUUAGGGUUUGUAGUCUUCUCUGGCCACCGAGAAAGGGCUUUCAUAUCUAGUCUCUCUGGCUCAAAGAAUGGUUGGAAGCGCUUGUUCACUUUUGUUCAGUUUCCCUAGCUCAAUUCCCCUUCAUGAACAACCGCUAGAUUGAUCGCUCAAAGGUCUAAGUGAAGUCAAUUCCUUUUGACACUCUUUGGGCCUUGGGGAAACACCUUAGCGAGAGGGAUGAUGAUAUAGGGGGGUUGUACGUAGAAUCCUAACAUGUGGAAGGUAAACCCGGGCAAUCACGAGGAUCUAGUGGCCUAGAUGUUUGAAGAUACAAGAGCCGGUUGACCACUUAGCAUCGAUCCUCUCACCAAGAUCGUCAGAUAUGAUCUCUAACUCCCUUUGUGAUCUCGCCUCUCGCAAGGUACCAAAGAAAUAAGAGGUCCGACUCUAGGUCCAAUGCCAAACCACACAAGAUGCGACCUCGGGAUAACUUGCCCAAGAUAUGGCUCAUGAUCAACCUAUGAAAAGCCUAGCAUAGGAUCAGCCUACGCAUGAUGCCCCUUGGGAUAAAGGCAUCUUGAUCUUAGGGUCCUUGGAGAUAAAGCCUUGCCACGACUAAGUCCCGGGUGGAGAGAAGUUUGAGCCAAAGGUUUAGCCUCCCCUCGAGUUGGGGCUUUCUAAUGUGGAGAUAAGUCCACCUAAAUAGUCCUUCGAGACCUCAGAGAAAAGGGGUGGAUAACAAUCAGUCGGGGAACCCUUUGGGCCUAAGGGCCUAAAACUGACCCGUAGGGACCCGGUUGUCAUAGAGCAUACAGUGGAGGAACUCUUCAAGACCUUCUUAGGAGACCUGCAUGCCCCAAACAAUUUGUUUCCCUAUCCCUCAAAUUAAGUUCUUUUUUGCUUCUACAAAUUUUUCUUAGCACUCUAAGCAAAUAGUAACCAUCAAGCAAGAGUUCGCAACUUGGGUGAUUGUGCCGGGAUGACGAGAUGACUCAUUGGAGG